AUGUCAUCGAGUCCGACAAGGGAUCCAUUCGCUGGGCCCCCAGCGCCGCACGCCUUUGUGCACUCACAGGCGAAAACAACCGAGCUCCUCCCGCCUCCCUCGCCACGGACGCAUCGCGCUUUGCGCAAACUGCAGUCGGCGCACAACCUGGGCUCCAAAGCCGCUCUUCAGCUCCAAGCCUUGCAACCGCAGCCGUCUCUCAUUUCUCAGCAACGAUUGACUCAACGCAAUAUAUCUCCUACGCGUCGCGAUGCCAGCUCGUCCUCCACCACGAUGCAUAGAUCACACCAGCGAGGGCGCUCCAACAGCGAUGCGACGAACACGCACCACCUGAAUGCGCUGGCCGCUAGCAAGCGAGGUAUUGUGGGCGUUAACCCACGAUACGCGAACAUGUCCCUCUACCAGCUUAUCAAGGACGGUCCGCCGGAUGGUGAUGCAGUCGAGGCAUUGGGCAUGGCGCGCCGCAAAGUCCUCAGCGAAGGUAUCAAGAGCGACAGCGAUGGCAUGUCAACAUUGCGCAUCUACGUCUGGUUAAUCCUUCUUGACACUCCCGUACUACCAACCGACGACUACCUCGCCCUGAUUCAUCGCGGCGCGUCUCCAGCCUACUCUAAAAUCCGCAACGACACCUUUCGCACCCUCACCACCGACCCCCUCUUCCGCAGACGCGUAAGCGAAGCAAGCCUCAUCCGUCUCCUCAACGCUGUCGCAUGGCGUCUGCACGACCUCCGGGAGGCGCAGCGCAGCCGUGAUCGCGACCGCUCCCUUAGCCGGCCCAGCACUGGGCGUAGUUCUAUAUCUCAUGACAGCUCGGCCUCAACAGCCACCGCGCACUCGCAGAACCCAGCCUCGCCAUCUGCCAGGAACCGAGCGCGCGCGUUAACGCUGACGACGGAGGGCUCCGAAUCCAGCCAUGCGGGAGAGCCCGGGACGUAUGUGCAGGGGAUGAACGUGUUGGCGGCGCCGUUCCUGUACGCUGCACGUAGCGAGGCGGAGGCUUUCGCAGCGUUCUAUACUCUUCUCACGCGGGAGUGCCCUGGAUAUAUCCGAGGCGCUAUGGAUGGCGUGCAUAAGGGCUUGGCCUUGGUGGAUAAGGUCUUGGCUACUGUCGACUCCAAGUUGAGCGGAUACCUUCAUUCCAAAGGUCUAACGGCUGAGAUCUACGCUUUCCCGUCGGUGUUGACUUUGUGCGCCUGCACGCCUCCACUGCCUGAAGUUUUGCGGCUAUGGGACUUCUUAUUUGCAUACGGGCCUCAUCUGAACAUUCUCUGCAUUGUAGCCCAGCUGAUGGGUAUGAGAGACCAGUUGAUGAGCUCGCCAAGCCCCAACAAGCUUCUACGCUCAUUCCCUUCCUUGCAGGCGGACAAGAUUAUCGAACGCACGCUCUGGAUCAUAGAGAGGAUACCGGACGAUACGUACGCCGCUAUUGUUAAGCACGCCCAGUAA